CUAUAAUCCUGGUGCUUAGAGUGGUCUGAAAGGAACAGAAACACUUAGCCUUGAACUUUUGUUCUGCUGCUGCUUCUUGUGCCUCUGAGUGAGGAUCCAGCAGAGACAAUAGCAAUAGACUCUAACAAUCAGCCGAAGUCUCCACUGGAAAAAUUUAUGGUCAGACUGUGUACACAUCACCAGAAGCAGUUCAUUCGUGUGCUAAACGACAUAUACACUGAAGUACAGCCAGACUCUGACGGCCAGCAGUUAUCUGAAUCUGAGAGCAUGGAGGCCUCUACUUGUGGCUCUGGUUGUAGCCAGCGAAGCACUGAAAAUCAGGAUAAGGGUGCUACUUGUACUGAAUCAAAGCUCCCUUCUCCAUUGGACCCAGGACAGUCAGGGGCCGACAGCCCCCUGCAUGUUACGGGACAAGCCCCGAAGCAGCCAGUGGAACUGAAGUCUCUGGACAGAGCAGAGAACUCCAGUCCUGCUUUGAGGAGGGACUUCUGCGAGCUCCCCAUCACCAGGCUUCGCUCUGCUAGUCCAAAGGAUAGCCCCACCCAAGGAUACCUCAGCACGUUGAACUCUUCCUCUUUGAAUUUCCAUCACGCCGCAAAGAGCCUGGAAGGGCAGCAAGCUGCUGGACACGAACAAGAAGCCGCUGUCAGGAAGUGUGAGGAUAAUAAAGAGCAGCUAGCAGGUAAGACUCUCAUGGAAGGUUAUAUCUCAGUCAAAGUGGCAAAUGUGAAUGGCAGUGAGGACAGCUUAGACAGCUGUCUGGGGUCCCAAAAGAGCUCUUGUAGGGCUCUCCCAGAGGAGUCCUGGGAUCCUGGCUUUGCAGUGACGCCCCCUCGCAGAGCCGACAAAGAGAACACUUUGCAAUGCGGCUCGAAAGCAUCUUUGCACCAGGACUUAGAUGCAAAAGAACAAGACGUGAGACCAAAGCAAGAAAACCACCUGCAUGCCAUGGCCAAGGGCAAGGCAGGCUGCCAGCUGCACCCAGCCGACAAGGGCAUGCUCGACAAGUCCAAAGAGGGCUGGCUGCCCACUGGCGCCAUGCCAGCCGCCCACCGCCCCCCUGGUGGGCACCCCCGUGCCAAGGCAGCCUCCCUCAGGCCCUCUCGGAAGAGCAAGAAGGCGUCAGGGCUGAGGAUCAAUGACUAUGACAACCAGUGCGACGUGGUGUACAUCAGCCAGCCCAUCACCGAGUGCCAUUUCGAGGCGCAGCGCCUGGUGUCGUCCCGCAGGACGGCCAGGAAGAGCACGCGGGGCUAUUUCUUCAACGGGGAGUGCUGCGAGCUCCCCACCGUGCGCACGCUGGUGAAGAGCUCCCGCGCCGAGGAGAGGGCGAGCAGCCCGGCACUGCGGACAGAGACCCUCGUAAGUGCAAAACCACCCCUGGUGUUCUCGGUGGAGGGGUCUGCAGGGGCAGGAAGGGAGGGUGAGAAAAGGGUUUCCCUGAGGCUCCUGGCUAAAGUGGCACCAGCCGGCCGAGAAACGAAGGAGAGAGCUGAGCUGGGCUCCAUGCAGCUCCGGGAAACCCGAGCACUACGAUCAAGGGAGGCUGCUGUGGCCAUGCCAUUCUUCUCCCUCUCUGCUCCACCCAGCCCCCAGAAAGAGGACAGCUUGGCCAGCUCGCCACCACCUGGCUCCCCUCCUGCUGAAGGAGGGGAGUCAUCUCCCCUCAGUGCCACAGUGGGAGGCACUGUCACCUGGGAGGCUGGCAGUAGCCUGGGCUGCUCUGGGGAUGGCAGCAGCAGCAGCCAGGCUGCUGAUGUUGCUGCCUUUUCAGUCUCAAAAGCACACGGUGAGGAGGAAAGUUGUCCAGGCUCUGACAUACAAACUAUUCCAGACCCCCCUGCCAGUCCAGAGCCAAAGUCCUCCUCACAGCCCUCUGCUGCUACAGACACAACGCCUCUGCCCUGUGAUGGUGCCAGGGAUCCUGCCCAGCUUCCAGGCUCAGGGGAUGCUGAGCUCUGUGGGCAGUGUCUGGCAGAGCCCUCCGCAUGCUCUCCAGGCUCACAGGCUCCUGAUGAGCCCCCUGCCACCAUGGAUGAGAAGAGCCCCCUGGAGCCCCCUGCCACCAUGGAUGAGAAGAACCCCCUGGAGCCCCCUGCCACUUUAGAGUGUGGGGAUGUGAACAAAAGCAUCGAUGCUAAACCAGAAGCUGAAUCAUUGGUCAUGGUGGGUGACAGCCCUCUUGAGCAAGAGGAUGCUGUGCUCAUCAGCACACCCCUCCCCGAAAUCUUGGAAGUAGAAACAAUGCAGAAUAAUAGCACAGCAGGUGAAAAAGAGCCCACUGAAGGGGAAAUGCCACCCGACCCAAACAGCUCAGACUCUGUCUCUUCCAAAGACUGUCUAGACAAGAAGCGGAAGAAAGGCAGGAGGGCGCUAGUGGCAUCGGACCGGUGUCUCCGAAGCCAACGAUCCCCAUCACCUGCUGAGGGCAGUGCUGAGGACUCUGGUUCUUCCAGCUCUGGGCAGCUUACUUGCCUUCAGAUCAAACUCUCCAAGAGCCCUGGUGCUAAGCGCUUCAAGAGAGAAGUGCAGCUGGAUGAGGCAGCAUCCAGGCACUUCCCCAAUGACUGCUUCCCCAAUGUGCUGCUCAAAACCAGCGAAGAGCCAGGCACUGGCCAGGCUCCAGAGAGCAUCACUGAGCAGCAGCCAGGCAAGGAGAAUGGUGUCACUACCAGACAAACCUAUAAAAGCAUCUUAGCAAAAGAGACUGCUGCAGAGGGAGAAAAUUCCUCUAAAGAUGACUCCUCUGCUAGCAGCAGCCAAAGUCAACAGGGUGAGAUGCUGGAAAUCAGCAUCCAGGCUGAUUCUGAGAAGAAAAACAUUACCCUCCCUCCAGAGAAUACUGUUCCUGCAAAUGAUGCUGAGCAAGUGGAUGUGAAACCAGUCAAUGCCAGUGCAAAGGACAAGGAGAGCUCUGAGAGUGUCAGGGAUCUGGGCAAGCCAGUGAACUAUGAACUGGUGACCAAUUUGCCUCUGUGUCCCAGCAGCAGAGGUGGAAGCAAGCAUCUUCCAGCAAAAACUGCAAAGCACAAAAAUGUUGCUCUGCAGUUUUAUAACUUACGACAUGCACCCGCACCUGUAGACAGUGCAAAAAAGAACACACCAGGGAAGGAGUCUAUGCAAGCAAUCCCCAAACUGAGGGAUGAACACAGUUCAGGGAAUGAUGACUGCCCAGCACUGGAGGACAUAGACAUGGCUGACAGCAAACCAAAGUUCAUGGAGUGGUGUGCUGAAGAGGAAAACCAGGAGCUCAUUGCUGACUUCAACACUCAGUACAUGAAAAUCCAGAAGGGCUGGAUUCAGCUGGAGAAGGAGGUCCAGCCAACCCCCAAGGUAAAGAACAAAGCCGACAAACUGAAAGAGAUUUGGAAAAGCAAGAAAAGAACACGGAAAAGCAGAGGCUCACUGGAAGUGCAGAAGCUUUCUCCUGUGCAGAUGCUGUUUAUGAAGGCCUUUAAGCUGUCUGACAUAUGCCAGUGGUUUUUGGAGACAACUGAGACCAGGUCUCUAGUGAUUGUGAAAAAACUCAACACCCGUCUCCCGGGGGAGAUUCCCCCCAUGAAAGUCCCCAUGCAGAAAUAUUCUUCCUCUAGUCUCUACCCCAGCUCACUACAAGCUGAACGUUUGAAAAAACAUCUCAAGAAAUUCGCCGCCACUACCCCGGCUCGGAAUAACCUGAAGAACCAAAAGCUUUGGGCCAAAAUUCGUGAGAAUGCGGAUAAAGCAGAGGUUGAAGAAGCCACCGCUCCCAGCCAGACGUCUCCCACUGAUGCCAGCACCAAGGAGCUGAGUGAGGACAAAACCAUCCCGCCAGCCCUCAGCUUGCCCACGCAGGCCAGCACCAGGAUCCUGCGCAAGUACUCCAAUCUUCGGGGCAAGCUGCGAGCCCAGCAGCGCGUGGUGAAGGCAGAGAAGCGGAGCGAGUGCCCAGGGGACCAGCUGUCCCUGGAGAGCAAGCAGAGCCGGAAAAGUGUGUGCAUCAACCCCCUGAUGUCUCCAAAGCUGGCCUUGCAGAUCAAAGCAGCUGCCUUUCCUGCUAAAUCUCCCUCAGUGGAUGGAACGGGGAAGGGGCGAAAGGGGAAGAGCAGGUCCCAAGAGGAUCCCUCGCCCAAAGUCGACCUCCAGCUCAGCAAGAAGAAGAAGAUGCUGAAGGAGAGCGGGAGCACCCAGGAGCGAUCCAGCUCUUCCACCAAGGACAAGCUGCCUGCCAAGAAGGCCAGUAAAAUAAAGCAUUCAGAGGGCAGUGUGAAAUCUCCCACCACCCGAAAGCAGACUGCCAUGGAGAGGAGCAAUAAGCUGACCAGAAAAAUUUCUUUGAAAGAGAAGAGAGUCCCGAAAAAGCAGCUGGAGAAGCGGCUCCCCAUGCGGAAGGGCAAGGAGAACACGAGCAGACGGGCCGUGCUCCCUCCCAGUCACGAGGAGCUGUCCAAGGCCCCAAAACAGAAGCCCCUGGGGGAGUCCUCCACACGGUCACAGAAGAUGGCCAACAAGAAGCACAGCAGUGGGAAGACCUUGACAAGGUCCAUGAAGAAGAUGCAGGAGAGCAGUGUGUCUCAGGGCAAGAGGAAGCUAAGGGCAAAAGUGGACUGUUCACACAGCAAACGCUCGCGACUCGACCCGAAAUAGCAAAGAAACGGUAGCCAUGUACAAAACUGAUGUAUAGUAGUAACCCUUUACCAUGCAUUAACUAAAGCUGCUUUUAUAAGCUGUAGCAAGCCUUUAAAAAUCCGCAGUUAAAGGAUAAAUACCCAUGAUUUUAGGCAUCAGCAGAUGUGUCUUGGACAGAGAAGAGGUUGGUCUGUCUGGCUCUGCUGUUCAGAAGGAAGUUUGUGUAGUUUGAACGUUCCUUGGGUUCUUUUAAACUUAGAACCAGGCAGUUUUUGUUAAAAGUACAGUGCCUUAUUUAUCACUUUAAAAAUAAAAAUAAGAAGCUCGUCUGUGUGAUUUGGAGGCUUGCGUUUUAUACUUGAGGCACAAGCACUUGUACUGUAGCAGAAAGAAACCACCUUCGUGCACAUGAAGUAGCUUUUGUCAGCCUUUGGGUGCACACAAACAUUUCCCUUUCUUUCAGAGUCCUCCUUCUGUCUGUCUUCUUAGUGGCAUUUAAAGCAAAACCAAAACCAUUUCGCAUCACUAAGGGAGAGAAAGGCGAGUCUGUCCAUUGUCGGUUCGCUGGUAGCAGUUGCUGGUGUCCCAGACUGUCACCUGCAUGAGAAUGUGAAGUAGCUGCUGGAGUUGUACUGCUGAUGGCUGCCUGCUCCUCACUGCGCACCCGUGGGUGGGGAGGGCCCACUCAGGCUGGGGAGAUGCCCUGGGGGUGCAGGUACCAGGCUGCCACACCUGCUGCUGCCGGCUGGGCAGGCUGGGCUGUAUCUGUCUAUUUUCUUGCUGGCUUCAGGGAUGAACCGGUCUUGCCAUGCUCUGCUUUUGGACAGACUUCCUUCUCCUAAUUCCCUGUCCUUGUGGUGAUUUCUGUGGUCUCUGUUGGCAAAGCUUUUUUGUAGUGCUUCACUGAAGGUUGAAUCUCUCCCUUUUUAAGGGCUUGAGUUCCUGAUGUUGGUGCUCUGCAGGAAGGGAACUCUGGCCCUCACCUUAUGCUUUUGUGCACGCCUUGCCUAGUGCUCUCUGAAGCCAGGAUUUGCAGUUGAAAUAAGGCUGGGAUAAGGGACUGGCUUGUGUUAAUUUUUUACCAUAAUUUGCAUUUCACCCUUUUACCAGCAAGGUGCAGGAGGUUUGUCCUUGCUUGUGUCACAGAACAGGGUCAUAGUGCCUGUCUUUUCUUAGAAAAAAUUGUUAGAAGUGCAUAGAGUGUGUGGCUGUGCUGGUUCUGCUGGGCAGAGAUGAUCAGCAGCUAGGGAGGGCUGUGGUCUGUGCUAGGGAAAGGUCCCUGCUCAACCAUUGCAUCCCCAAGGCUUCACUUUCACAUUGCUGCAGAGUCCAUUUGCAGGAAUCCCAAUGCCAGUCUCCUUCCAGACACAAAGCAGCAGUGCCUGUCAGGGCACUGUGUGGACCCUGAGGCUGCCAGACCUUUAACAGCUGCCUUGCUGGUCCUUGCUCAGCUGCUUGUCCCUGAUGAGAGCAAGGCUCUGGUGCAGCCCAUGAAUUCAAGAGAUGCUGGCCCCUGGAGCAGAGGCUGAAAAGGGAUUGCCUGCAAAGGGAAUUGCUUUUCGUGGUUGGCAUUGAACCCCAGAUCUCAAAGCCUGGGGGCGGGAGGUGAAAGGUAGAUAACUGUAUUAAAAUCUUUCAUUGUACCCCUUUAGUACAGAGGAUGAAACCAGGUGUUUGAUUUGCACUCACUUCACAGAGCACCUCUGGCUCUCUUGGAGGUACUCCCUUUCCCAAGCAUUGAGACUCACAAUGCUGCGGCACAUUUUUCUCUUUACUGUGAAAUGGCUGAUUUAAAAAAAAAAAAUCCUCUGCCUUUCCUUUGAAUUGUGCUAGAGUAAGUUAACUCUCUGAACAGGUAGGAAGUGAUUAAAUCUAGCCUGUCAGUCCCUGUACAGAUUAAUAUGAAGCUAUCUAUUACUUUAAUUUUUACUGCAUGCAUUAAAUAUGUCAAACAUUCCAUCAGAAAAUAUUUAAAAGCGUUUCAAGAGAGGUGUAAGGCAGGAGGGCACUGAUGGCAGUUAAGUGACUGAUCUGUACCUCUUUUGCAGGGUGUCUUUCCCUCUUGCUUCUCCAUCCUUCCUUAUGGUCCUUCUCCAGCCUCUGGCUGGGGCCCAGCCACAUGGGCCCAGAUUUCCUCUCCUUGCCCUGGGCCAGGCGUACAUGUGAGCACACCUCUUACCUUUGCUGCUCACGCCAUUCCCCUGUAGCAAAUCCCCUCUUCCCGUCCUUCACCAUCACUCCUGAAGUGCCUGCACAGGUCACCAUGCACCUCCUUGAGGCUUUCCCUCUCUCUUCUCUCAUUUUUUAGCUGCUGGUAAAUGGUAAAUACAGGCUGUCCUGCUCCCUGUCUUCUGUGCUUCUGGGAGCAGGAGUCACGUUAGGAUAGAACCCUAUACAUAGCAAGUGGAAAGACUCUUUCUAGAUGGGAUGCUGCUGCUCCAGUGUCCUGGAUGUCUUCCUGCACCCUGGGGCUUCACCAGCACCGACUGGCUGAAGCAUGGCAAGGCUGGGGGACAGCAGGUGCCAUUGGUGCUGGAGUGGAGCAGCUUCUGGGCAUCUGUCCCAGCUCAGUGUGCACGGCUUGGCUCAGGCAGGGUGGGAUCAGAGCACUGAGCUUCCUGGCAGUGUCCCUGACAGGCAGGGGUGACGUGUGCUCUGAGGCACAGCCCCUGCUUCAGAGCAGUCUGUUACCAAUAAAUGUGGCUCUUACAUCAAGCAAGGGAUGCACAGGGAGCUGCAGAUGAGCUUAAUGAAUGGAAGAAAAUAAGCUACAUGAUUGAGUACCGUAUUCCACAUGGACAUGGAGUGUGUUUCCAUGUGCUACAGGCGCAGAGCUGCCCACUGGCACUACCACAGUGCCAUCCUCAGAUCCACAGCCUCAUUGCGCUCCUCUUCCCCUGGGCUACCCCACAGCUCCCUGCUCUGCUUCUUCAGCUCUGGAUUUCAAGAGAUACAACCCACAAAGCAGAUCUCUUUCUGUUACUUUGGCUUUUCUUGCUGGCUACUUUCUCAUCCUAUUGAAAUUAGUCUCCAUCAUGCACCCUGGUCCAUGAACGAGGAGCAGCAUCCUCUUAGCUCUGCACCUCCACAGAUGUCCUCACUGUCCCUCUGCUGCCACCCCCCUCCCUCUCAGUUGCAUGAUUACCUUAUUCUCUCUCUUGUCAUCAGCAGCUCUGGGUCUUCACACUUCACAUGUUCAGAAUCCGUCCAUUUUAAUAAAAAACCACUGAGAGGAGCUCUGUUUGCCAAGCUCAGAGUAGAAACUUAUGUUGGUGCUGUAGCAAGAGCAGUUUGAGCCCGGGAUGGCUCCUCCUACCUGUAGCUGUUAGGAUCUUGUUAAGCAAGGCCAGCCCUGGAAUGGGUUUCCCUGCUGACAGGGUGUGUGAUAUGUACCCAAGGUGUGCACAUAUUUAUAUUCAUCACUUACUCAUCCCUGGCAAGGUCCUGUUUGCUGGUGUUCUCUCUGUGCAGUGGGGUUUCUGUAGUCACCUGCCAGCAAGUCAGGGAGACAGAUCUGCAGCAAAACUCUGAAGAGCUGACCAGUUGGCGCUGAUGCUUCUGACAGACUUUCUGCUGCAUUGCUGAUCAAGGUCCAUGAGUUGUGAGAGCAGGAUGAAACUGUUCCUGCUGCUCUCUGCACCCUGUCCCGUCAGUGCUGGGGGUGCCACGCAGGGCUGGACUGAGCGGGCUGGCUGGCUGCCCACACCACUUUCUGCUGGUGUGCAGAUGAGCAAAGCUGCAGCCCAGCCCGUGUCCCAGCUGGUCUUGUGGCACCUCUGGAAAUGCUGAUGUUUCCAAAAGCUCUGCCAGCUCCCAGGAAAUGGACAUGCAAUCAGAUAUACUGGUGCCCUGUUUUUAAGAUUUGCUGAUGGACACUUUUUCUCUCCAGCUCAUAAACUUUCAGCCUGACAACUGCAUUCCCAGUUGAAGGUGACUGAGAAAGCUGUGAUUCCCAGCCUUCCAUGGGUACAGGUAUUGCUUUGGGCAUCAUGGAGGUGUGGGUGGCCAUGCAGGUUGGGCUCUCACCUUUCCACCAUCAGCAGUCAUGCCGGGGGAAGAGGGCUGAGCCCCAGCCAAGGUGUACUUGGGUCUGCAUCCUUGGGCUGUUUGCCUGGACAGCCCAGGAGCAAGACGGGGAUAGGCUCCUCCUUGACAGGGAAUGCCACUGGAGGUUUUCUUGUAGCAGUAGGUUUUUUGAGCAAACCACGAGGCUAUGAUGUCCCCAUGUCACGUGUGUUCCCCCCCGUGUGUCGUAGCAUCCAUUUGGCCCAUCCUUCAGCUUGGUGGUUGUGAAAUGAAUCCAUCUGUUCUAAGAUGUUCUCAGGAGUUCUUGUUUGUAUUAAGCUCACCCCUAGGCUUAGCAGAAAUGACAGUCCCCAUCCUCCCUGCUCCCCUCCCCGCAGACAGGCCCUCUCUCUCAUGAGCACUUCCACCUUCUCCCCGAAGGGCAGCAGAGGGCAGCUGGCGGUUUUGAUUCAGGGCACGUUGGCAGCUUUGGGGCAGCCGAAGGAGCUGGGAUGCAGCCGGCCAGCAUUUGUGACAUGGGUCUGGAGGCCAGGCGGUCCCACGGGCUGUAUUGCUAGCCAAUGUUUUCUAAGUCUGUUUGUAAGAGUACCUAAUUUUAAAAUGAAAUGUGAAUAUAUAUUAUGUGUAGGUGCCAUGUAAGAUAGUGUUGUGCUAGGCAGCAGGAUGCUAACCUACUUUUUAAGCUUUUUGGAGGCAGGAAAAAGCAUUUUUCUCUCACUUCAUGCUCACAGAUCUAAUAUUGUAAAUAGGUUUUUUAAAUAUUUAUUUCAUGGGCUUUCCACAGGUUCUCGUUCUGACUGGUGUGUGGCGGGUGGGGCUACAUUGCCCAGCGUGCCCAACCAAAGGGCUGGCGAUGGCGUGGGGUCUGGGAUGGGGCGGGGUGGGGUGGUGGUGGUGCUGUUCAGUUUGGGUUUUUGUCAGAGCUGAAGCAUUAAUUCUCUUCAUCUCGUUUUGAUGAUGUCAGACCUGGUCGAUGGCCACGGUCCCCAGGGAGGCUGUGAGCUCCCAUGGCCGGCCAGGAUGGCUGUUCCCCAGGACAGGGGGCACUGCAAGCAAUAAGAUUUGUAGUAAUAAUGUCUGCUGUGAUGGCAGGGGCUCUCGGGGCUCAGGGCCAGGUGGGAAUAACCCUGCUCCCGGCAGGGGCUCAGUCCAGCAUGGCUUGGGGGGUCUCUGGACCUGGAGGUACUCCAGGAAGUGUCCCCAGGGAUGCAGAAAGUGGGGGAUGCUGUCACCCCCGAGGAACCCCCCCAAAACCAGCGGGGUAGGGUGGGUGGUUGCUGGUAGCAAAUUCCCACUAGAGAAUCACUGCCUUUGUGGGUACGGGUGACCCAAGGGAGCUCACCGCUGUCGCUGCUAGUCCUAGGGCCGGCUCCAGAAGGUCAUUUGCUCAUUUGCUGAUCAUUCUGUAAUUUUAAUUCUCCUUCUAGGAGAUUCGAGGUCAUUUGGUAAUUUUUGCUUAAGUGGGUUUAGGUUUUUUUUUCUUUGUUAACCCCUUUUUGCCUGGAAGUGUGGCUGGCUCUGACCUUCCAGUCUAGCUGCCUGUGUGGGGCAGUGUCAGCAGCAUCUGCUUUAAUGAUGAUGGGUCUCUGACUUUGGAGGAUGAAGUGAGGGGUGCUGCUGGGUUCCAGCCCUGCAGGACCCUUCACCAGUCCCACACUUCCUUCACCCUUGGAACAGGUGUGUAAAAAAAGAAAAAAAAAAAAAAAAGAAAAAAGGAAACAACACAGUAAUUUUUUUCUUAGGAUGUAAAACAUUUGAAUAUUAUCUCCACCCUGAUGGCAAAUGUUUUUCCUUCAUCUGUGUCUGCUUCCCUGGGAGAGUUUUGUUUCUCUGUUUGUUUCUAUAUGAAUUUUAGACACUGAGCUGAAAUUCCUCCUGUCCGGUACUGUAUGUUUGAGCCCAAGCAAUGUGAACUGUACAGACCAGCAGUGGGAAGGGGGAGCUGGUGACUGCACCUGGGAGAGCCGUGGCUUGGGACGGCAUUCCCAGUUGGUGUAGGAGUGGGAAGUACUGCGCCACAAGUUGGGAAAAUGAACUGUCUGCUGUGAAUUCUCGGUUGGAAAUGUGGAGAGGAGUUUCCAUUAGAUAAUGUUUACAUACCUCACCUGACAAACCUUUGAAAGUGUAUAUAUAAAAAAAGAAAGAAAAUAAAAUUAUAUUAAGUUGCUUUAAAUCAAUAUGUAUAGCUAUAAGAGCUGGGUCAUUUGAACUUUGAAUAUGUAUCGAUUCUCUAAAUGUUGACAUUUUGUGAACUCUGUGCUCCUGUCUUUUAUUUCAUCCUAGCCUAUGGAAAAAGUUGUGUUCUUGUUCCAGGUAAAAGGUCCCUGACCCAGAUCUGAACUCCUCAAGGAUUCCCACCACCUUGUUUUCUUUUCUUCCUCACUGUCAGUAUUCACCCUAUGAGCUUUCUAAAGGUCCGUAUUUUAUUGCCGCUUAUUAAACGUUUCUUUGAUAUCAA